CGGUAUGGAUGUUCUUGCUGUUCGCGAGGCGAUGCGGUUUUGUGCCGACUACGUUCGCGCCGGUAACGGCCCCCUGGUGAUGGAGACGGCUACGUAUCGCUACCACGGUCACAGCAUGAGCGAUCCGGGAACGAGUUAUCGCACAAGGGAUGAGAUCGCCGAGGUGCGAGCAACGAGAGAUCCCAUUGGUCUGUUUAAGGAUCGCAUCAUCACUAGUAACCUAGCAACAGCUGCCGAGAUUAAGAAACUGGAGCAGGAGGUCCGUAAGGAGGUGGACACGGCGACGCAGAAGGCGAAGACGGACGCGGAGCUGCCCCUGGAGGAGCUCUACACGCACGUCUAUCGCGGCGACGACGACAUGCUCGUUCGCACGUGCGAACCGAUGGUCUACGCGAAGCACCGGCCGUGAGGGGGCGUCAUGCGCGUGUUAGGGGGCGUGCAGAG